AUGGGAGACGACAUUCCAGUAAAGGUUUUUGUUCGCGCCAGACCAUUCAGUGACAGGGAAAAGCUCGAAAAUGCUCGGGAGUGCUUGCAAAUUUUUGUUGAGCUAAAUCAGAUUUCAUGUAACGGCAGAGCCUUCACAUUUGACGGUGUUCUGGAUCCUUCAACACCACAAGACACUGCUUAUGAUGUGACCACUUCAUUUCUUCUCGAGCAGUUCUUCAAAGGAUUCAAUUGCACUGUAUUGGCUUAUGGACAAACGGGCAGUGGUAAGACGUUCACGAUGGGUACGGAGGAAACUAUUGCCAGCAUGAAGAGUCAGACUAGAGGCAUUAUCCCCCGUCUGGUAGAAGCAAUUUUCCAACAAAUAGUAGAUUCUGGCCUUGAAAUGUGUUUUAAGGUGUUUGUAUCUAUGCUUGAAAUAUAUGAUGAAAAGGUACAUGACCUACUCUCUGGUGGAAGAGAACCUCUUCAAGUUCGUGAACACGAAGGAAGCGUUUUUGUGCAAGGGCUGUCAAAAAGCCAGGUUCGUAACCUGGUGGAGACCAUGUCACAACUAGAAAAGGGAGGAUCUCUUAGAAGCAAAGGUCAAACAGCAAUGAAUGCUCAGAGUAGUCGUUCGCACGCAAUAUUCACGAUUUCACUUGAGAAGACGGCCACAGGAGAGGAGGACAACGGUUUCACUGCAAAGCUGCAUCUGGUCGAUCUAGCGGGAUCCGAGCGCUUGAAGAAAACUCAAGCAGAGGGAACGCGCAAGAUGGAAGGGAUAAGGAUCAACGAAGGUUUGCUUGCACUGGGAAACGUCAUAUCUGCCUUAUCAGAACAAACGGGUAACAAUCGACACAUACCGUACAGAGAUUCAAAAAUUACUCGGCUUCUUCAAGAUUCUCUUGGAGGCAACUCGUACACAGUUAUGAUUGCAUGCAUUUCUCCGGCGGAUUCAAAUGCUGAGGAAACACUUAGCACAUUGAGAUAUGCAGAUCGAGCUAAGAAAAUUAAGAACAAACCGGUUGUUAAUAUCGACGCGGGCCAGCAAAAGAUUAUGGAACUCAAGGAGAAGGUUGCUACGCUUGAAAGAGAACUGGCUGAAGCUCGCAUGGGAUUUGCUCCGGGCGGUGAAACAAACUCGUUUGAAAUUGCUCAACUGAAGACAUCCCUGGCUGAGAAGGACGUGCUUCUAAAAUAUGCACAUGAGAAAACUGCUGAAGUGAUCUGUCAGAAG